AUGUCUCCUCUUAUAAGAAGCGUUAUUGAUAUCGCUGAAGUUUUCAAUCAUUAUGCCUCACAUAGUUGUGAUGGAGCAUCACUAAGCAAGAAAGACCUGAAGAACCUCCUUGAAAGGGAACUCGGAACUGUCCUUCAGAGACCACAUGACCCCGAGACGGUAGACCUGACCCUAGAACUUCUGGAUCGCGACUCCAAUGGGCGUGUUGAUUUCAAUGAAUUCCUCCUGUUCCUUUUCAAGAUUGCUCAAGCUUGCUAUUAUGCUCUCGACCAGGCUGCAGGGCAGGAUGAGAGGCAAGAUCGCAGGCUAGAAGACCAAAGGAGAUUCCAGCCCCAGGAUGAAGAACCAGGGCGCCAAAGCCGGCAGAAGAGACAUGAGCAGGAGGAGCGCGCUGAGGAGCUGAGGAAGAGGCAGGAGAGACUGGAGCAGCGCUGCGACGAAGAGCCCCGGCUGCAAAGACGAGAACUGCAAGAACUGGAGGAGCGCCUUGCAGAGAAAGAGCCGCUAAGCUGGAGCCAGGGUCCUGAUGCUGAGGAGUUUUCUGAGGAAGAGGAACAGCAGAGGCGAGAGAGGAAAGAACUCAGGAGCGAGGACCACACGGAAGAGAGACAGCUGCAGGAGCGCGGGCGAAGAGAGCUAAGCGAACCCCAGCGGAGGCGCGAACCCCAGUUGAGGCGCACGCAGGAGUUGGUGCCCGAGGAGGACGAGCAGACGCAGCUCCAGGAGCCCGACGAGAGCUUCACUCAGAGGUGGCAGCGGCAGCUCGAAAGCGAGGCAGAAGCCCGUCAGAACAAAGUCUACUCCAGGCCUCGCAGACAGGAGCCAGAAAAGCGUCAGCUCGGGGAGCAGGAGCAGCGCCGCGACCUCGGACGGCAGCGUCCCGCUGAGGAGGAGCACCUGGAGCAAGAGCAGCAGUUCCGCAAGCGGGAGGAGCAGCGCUUCCGGGAGGAUGAGUUGCAGCGAGCCCAGCUCCAGGACAGCCUCCUGGAGGAACGCCUGAGGCGUCGUCAGGUGGAGCGCCGGGACCAAAACAGAAGCGGGCAACUGCAGGAAGAAAGCCAGAGGCGCCACACGCUGUACGCCAAACCCAGCCAGAGGCAGCAGAGGGAGGAAGAGCUACGUGAGGAGCGGCUGCUGCAAGAAGAAAGGCGACUCCUGCAGCAGGAGAGGCAGUAUCAAGAGGAAGAACUGCAGCAGGAGGAAGAGCAUCUGCAGCGGGAGGAAGAGCGGCUGCGGAAGGAAAGGCGAUUCCUGCAGCAGGAGAGGCAGUAUCAAGAGGAGGAACUGCAGCAGGAGGAAGAGCAUCUGCAGCGGGAGGAAGAGCGGCUGCGGAAGGAAAGGAGACUCCUGCAGCAGGAGAGGCAGUGUCAAGAGGAGGAACUGCAGCAGCUGCGGGCUGAAGAUCAGCGUAGGGAUCUGAAAUGGCAGUGGCAACCAGAGAAAGAAAAUCAAGUUCGCAGUCACAGGCUCUUCUCCAAGCGCAGGGAGGAUGAAGAAAAGAUCCGGCAGCUGGAAGAUUCUCUGGAGCAAGAGAGACGGUUACGUCAGGAUCGGCGGUCCCUGCAAGACGAAGCGGAAGAGAAGAGAGAGCUGGAGCAGGAGAGGAGGCGCCGACAGCAGCGCAACCGGCAGUUCCUAGCAGAAGAGGAGCUGCAGCGAGAGCACCAAAGGGAAGCCAAAAGACGAGAUGAGACGUUCCAGGAGGAAGAGCAGCUCCUGAGAGACUCGAGAAGACGGCCAGAGGAGAGGGAUAGGAAGUUCCUUGAGGAGGAAAAGCAGCUGCGGAAGGAACGGGAAGAACUGAGGCGGCGGCAGGAACAAGAGAGACAAUUCCAGGAGGAAGAGGAGCUGCGCCUCCAAGAACGCGAGGAAGAACUUCGUCAGGAGCGCAACAGAAAAUCCUGUGAGGAACAAAAGCGCCGCCAGCAGCGUGAAGAAGAGCAACAUCGCCGGGAGCGGAGGCGUGAGGAAGAGCAGCACCGCCAGGAGCGUGACGGAAGAUUCCGCUCCGAAGAAGAGCGCCGCCAGGAGCGUGACAGAAGUUUCCGCCAGGAAGAAGAGCGCCGCCAGGAGCGUGACAGAGGUUUCCACCAGGAACAAGAGCGCCGCCAGGAGCGUGACAGAGGUUUCCGCCAGGAACAAGAGCGCCACCAGGAGCGUGACAGAGGUUUCCGCCAGGAACAAGAGCGCCGCCAGGAGCGUGACAGAGGUUUCCGCCAGGAAGAAGAGCGUCGCCAGGAGCGUGACAGAAGUUUCCGCCAGGAACAAGAACGCCGCCAGGAGCGUGACAGAAGUUUCCGCCAGGAAGAAGAACGCCGCCAGGAGCGUGACAGAAGUUUCCGCCAGGAAGAAGAGCGCCGCCAGGAGCGUGACACAGGUUUCCGCCAGGAAGAAGAGCGCCACCAGGAACGUAACAGAAAAUUCCACGAGGAAGAAGAGCGCCGCCAAGAACGUGGCAGAAGAUUCCACGAGGAAGAAGAACGCCGCCAGGAACGUAACAGAAAAUUCCAAGAGGAAGAAGAGCGCCGCCAGGAGCUCGAGGAAAAGCAGCUGCGAGACCGAAAGCUGAGGGUAGAGGAGCAACUUCGCAGGGAGCGCGAGGGAGAGCUGCGGCGCAGACAGGAAUGUGACAGAAAAUUCCGCCGAGAACAAGACUUCCGCCAGGAACUGGAGGAAGAGCAGCCAAGGGAUAGAAAGUUCCGCCGGGAACAAGAGCUCAGGCGUGACAGAAAAUUCCAUGAGGAAAAAGAGCGCCGCCAGGAGCGUGAAGAAGAGCAGCUGAGGGAUAGAAAGUUCCGCCGAGAACCAGAGCUCAGGCGCGACAGAAAAUUCCGUGAGGAAGAAGAGCGCCUCCAGGAACUCGAGGAAGAGCCUCUGAGACGUCAGGAACGUAAUAGAAAAUUCCAAGAGGAAGAAGAGCGCCGGCAGGAGCGCAAGGAAGAGCAACUGAGGGAUAGAAAGUUCCGCCGAGAACCAGAGCUCAGGCGCGACAGAAAAUUCCGUGAGGAAGAAGAGCGCCUCCAGGAACUCGAGGAAGAGCCUCUGAGACGUCAGGAACGUAACAGAAAAUUCCAAGAGGAAGAAGAGCGCCGCCAGGAGCGCAAGGAAGAGCAACUGAGGGAUAGAAAGUUCCGCCGAGAACCAGAGCUCAGGCGCGACAGAAAAUUCCUAGAGGAAGAAGAGCGCCUCCAGGAACUCGAGGAAGAGCAGCUGAGACGUCAGGAACGUAACAGAAAAUUCCAAGAGGAAGAAGAGCGCCGCCAGGAGCGCAAGGAAGAGCAGCUGCGAGACCGAAAGUUAAGGGUGGAGGAGCAACUUAUCAGGGAGCGUGAGGAAGAGCUGCGGCGGCGCCCACAGGAAUGUGACAGAAAAUUCCGCCGAGAACCAGAGCUCAGGCGUGACAGAAAAUUCCUAGAGGAAGAAGAGCGCCUCCAGGAACUCGAAGAGCAGAAGAGACGUCAGGAACGUAACAGAAAAUUCCGUGAGGAACAAGAGCGCCGCCAGGAACUUGAAGAGGAGCUGAGACGCCAGGAACGUGGCAGGAAAUUCCACGAGGAACAAGAGCGCCGUCAGGAACUUGAACAGGAGCUGAGACGCCAGGAACGUGGCAGGAAAUUCCACGAGGAACAAGAGCGCCGCCAGGAACUCGAAGAGGAGCUGAGACGCCAGGAACGUGGCAGACGAUUCCACGAGGAAGAAGAGCGCCGCCAGGAACUGGAGGAAGAGCAGCUGAGACGCCAGGAACGUGGCAGGAAAUUCCACGAGGAAGAAGAGAGCCACCAGGAACUCGAGGAAGAGCAGCUGAGACGCCAGGAACGUGGCAGGAAAUUCCACGAGGAACAAGAGCGCCGCCAGGAACUUGAACAGGAGCUGAGACGCCAGGAACGUGGCAGGAAAUUCCACGAGGAACAAGAGCGCCGCCAGGAACUUGAAGAGGAGCUGAGACGCCAGGAACGUGGCAGGAAAUUCCACGCGGAACAAGAGCGCCGCCAGGAACUCCAAGAGCAGCUGAGACGCCAGGAAGGCGCCAGGAAAUUCCAUGAGGAAGAAGAGCGCCACCAGGAGCGAGACCGAAGGUUCCGCGGGGAACCAGAGCUCAGGAAAGAAAGGGAGGAGCAGCAGCGUCACCAUCAGGAGCGGGAGCAACAGCUUUGCCAAGAGCGUGACAGGGAAUUCCAGGAGGAGAAGCAGCUGCGCCAGGAACGUGAGGAACUGCAGUUGCGGAGGCAGAAACGAGAUGGUCAGUACCUGGCUGAGGAUCAGUUUGCCAGGGAUAAGAUUCGUCGUCAGGAACAGGAACAGCAUCAAAAAGAGGAACAACUACGUCGCCAAGAGCGGGAGAGAAAAUUCAAAGAAGAGCAGAUCCGUAGGCAGGCAGAGCAGAGGCGCCGCCAAAUCCUGGAGAGUGGCACACGCCAAUUUGCCAAUGUCCCAGUGCGUUCCAGCCCUCUCUAUGAGUACAUCCAAGAGCAGAGGUCUCAAUACCGCCCUUAAAGGAUGCAACCAACGUCCUGGCAGCAGCCAAAUCUUUUUUUCUUUUUCAAGCAAAAGAAAAUGAGAAACACUGGGUAUCAAAUGAUAACUCAUGUGUUUCUGGUUGUGGGAAAACUCUCUAGUCUUAGAAUGUCUUUUCCAGAAUCUUAAACUAUACCUAUUUCAUUUCUUUCUAUUCCUGUCUUUCAUUCUGCCUCGGAUCUUUAUUGCAAGAUGUCUUUGUUCUUUAGUGCAGAUAUGGUGUGCACUUUUAAAAAGAAGUCAUUUAAUUUUUUUAAAGAAAUUUUGUUUGAGGAGCACAUUGAUUUAUUGCCUUCAUAAAUAAGAAUAAUGUAGCAAUUUGAUAUUCAAAAUAAUUGAGCCACUAUUUUUAGUGGUGGAUCAUCUUGUUGGGAGCUCUCAUUUUAUAAGUUUAAGUUGACUUUUUCUUUGGCCUAAAUUUCAUUUGUAUUCUCCUCCAAACAGUUUUCUUGAUUUUGUUGCAUAAUUUUACCAGCCCUCAAAUAAUGCAGGGGAAUGAUUUAUGCAGAAAAAAUACCAUGUGAAAUCAGUUCAUAACUGAAAGAAAUAUCUGUUAAGAGAAAGACUUGGACAGGAAAUUAGAAUUUGACAUUGUAUUUUUAUACUUAGCACCACUUAAAAUUUCAUGAAGCAAAAGCAAGGUGUUCCUCAAACAACUCAAAUUUAAAACUGCUGUAAUUUGUAGAGCUCUGUUCUAUUUCCCCAAGUUUUGUUGGGUUUUAGAAUAUUAUUACUUUUGUACAUUUUGGUUUAGAGGGAACCUAUUCAAGGCCCUGUACACAUCUGUCUUGUUUUGGUCCAACAAGAGUUCAGAGUGAUGGACGAAGGAAAGGGGAAAAUAUAUGAACAGAGGACAAAUUUCUAGAGGUCUCUAGACUUAUCAGCCCACAAUUAUCUGAGGCUUUAUACUACCUUAAAGACAUUCUUGUUGAAAAAAAUUGGACUGUAAAAAAAUCAAUAAAUGUUUGGCAAAUAA